GGGAAAUCCAUCUAUUAUGAUGUCACAGGGAAUAUCUAAUGUGGGGUAUACCCAAACAUCAGUGCAAACUAUGAUUCGACCUCCCACCCUCCCGCCAACUUACAAACCAAUCACCGAUAUUAAACCACUUGAAACUUACAAGAUGCCGAUCCCUGGGAACUCGCCAGUAAUGAACGAAGGAUUGUUGGUCGCGGGAACCCCCGUCCAAGUCCAAAACAUUAAAGAAGAAACUUCGAAAUUCGACCCUCAAGCUUCACCCACCACCCCAGGGGGAACCCCCAGAUACCCCAGUUUGUCCGAGUCUGAGUUAUUGAUCGUCAUGGCAACGGACCCUGAUGGUCGGUCGUCGGACACGCCUGACACGGCGAGCGUCACGUCUGAUGGUACACCCGUUAAGACGGAUGACGCAAAGAAACAACGGAAGGUUGGACAUAUGGAUGAUAAGGCGAUUUCCUUGAUUGACGACACUAUAUCUGGGGUCAUCCAAGAUGGGAUGGAAUAUGGAGUAAGGUUGGAACUUUCAAAGGGAAGCGGCGUCCAUGUUUGUCCCCCUGCGUGGAUGAAAGAGCCCAAACCAACAAAGUUCAUCAACAAACCACCUCAUCCUAAUCAAUAUACCAAGCAACACAUGACCGAUUCACGCGACGGGUUAAAACUGGGGAACCACCAGGAAUUAUUACGUCAUAUGUUGGGUAACAAUGGGAAUAUGAAUCAACAAUUAGCCAUGAAUGUUUAUCCUGGACAACCUGAUGAGUUUAUGUUAAAAGGAAGGGAUGGAAAAAAAAUCAAACGUUCGCGAAGAAAUUCUAAAGAAGGAAAAGUUGAAAAGAAGCGACGUCGUAAACAAAAAGAUAAAGAUGGGGUCGAAGAAUUUAUGGGGGUCGGGGGAAUUCCCCUCGGUGAAAUGGGAGUCCCGGCAAACUCCUUAAUGAAAACACAAAUUAAAUCGCUUCCUUUGCUGCCGUUAGUUGAACCGGAUAUCAAGGUGAAUUAUAACAUGUGCAUGCCGCUUGGUACGGGGCUUGCUAGGUCUGCGUCUUUGUUGGAGGGGGAGAUCGGAAAGUCAACGUUCAAGGGGUUGCCCGAUUAUUAUGAUCUUAUAUUAAACAAGGACCCUCUAAGUUACAUGACCCCCCCCACCCCUCCACCUUCACCCAAGCGCGACCGAUUUCCUUCCAACGAACUUUUCCAACCAGUCGUUCGGAUCCCGGACUCACUACCCACCCCCCCACAUCAUGGGGCUGAAAGUCUUGACGAUAUCAGAAACGAAGAAAUAAUUCAACCGUCUUCACCCGAAACUGAACAAGAAGAUUUGUUUUCGUACCAAGAUGUUACGGGUCCCAAUAUUAUGGGUCCCAAUAAUAUGGGUCCCAAUAUUAUGGGUCCCAACAAUUUGGGUCUCAAUAAUAUGGGUCCCAAUAAUAUGGGUCCCAUCACUAUACCCCCCAAUGAUGAUCUUGAACCUCGCUCUCCAGUUGUUCCUUUCAUUAAACCACAAGAUUCACACCCACGAGGAGGAUUUAAUAUUUUGCAACAAACAAUGUUAUUUUGCGAGCGAAUUAGAACAUAAAAUCCCAGUUGUCCACAAGAAGCGCUGGAGAGCCUCACAAGUUUACCAACGACACACAUGUAAAAUAAAUAUCUCGACUCUGAUCGAACUUCUUCCUGACCCGGAGGUGGCCACUAGGGGGCUCCGGGGAGCUAUUGGGGAUUACCGUGACGACGGGGUCAAGUUAGAGGUCAAAGGUCGCGGUCGGGGAGGUCGAAGACGAGGGUCCUGUGGUCCAGGCGAGGAGACACGUGGCGCCACCAAGCGGUGGAAAGGAAUCAAGUGGAAGCGAUGGAGCGUGACAACGCCGAUUAUGAAACCGACCAAUCAGAAGGUUCCACCCGACGUCGAUGCCCUUAUUGCCAAAUAUGGAGUUGCUCUUAAGGCCUCCCCCGAAUUAGUGGAUCGUCGAGCAUGCGUGUUGUGCAUGAGGGAGGGCGAUGGAAAUACAUCAGGCGUUGCACGUUUGCUUAACUUAGAUGUCGACCAAUGGAUUCAUUUGAACUGCGCGCUGUGGUCGGCUGAGGUGUACGAAACACAGGGUGGAGCGCUAAUUAACGUAGACCUCGCAGUAAGUCACGGUUCAUCGGUUACAUGCAACCAUUGUCAGCGUAGAGGUGCGACCGUUCAUUGCAAUCGCGCAAGAUGUCCGAAUACUUAUCAUUGUGCGUGCGCUCUUGAGUGCGGAUGCAGGUUCUUUAAGGACAAGACAGUAUUAUGCCCCAUGCACGUUGUUGGGGCUGUAGGGGGAACCCCCAUGCCCCCCCAAGACCAUUUAAGGUCGUUGGCGGUGUUUCGUAAAGUUUACGUGCAGCGUCAGGAAACCAAGCAAAUGGCGAGUAUAAUGCAACAAGGGGAGUUAACGCAAGGAGAAAGAAAUUACAUCCUGCGCGUUGGCGCCCUCAUGUUCCACGCUGUUGGCCAACUAUCCACCCACCAGAUGGCGCAGUUCCACAGCAAGUCAGCCAUCUUCCCCGCUGGUUACAAAUCAACAAGGAUAUAUUGGUCCAAAGAUAACACACGUCGUCGAUGCAAAUAUUUGAACUCGAUCGGGGAACAAGAUGGCCGGCCAUGGUUCGUUACAACUUACCACUCGAUGUCAGCGAAGAACAAUGAUGAUUGUUUGGUCACAAUGUCCGGACAUGAUGUCAAUGAGGGUUGGAACGAGAUAUUACACAAACUUGCCAACUUACGAUCACACCAACGUAUGUUGAAACUAUUCCCUAAAUACAUCAACGGGGAAUCUUUGUUUGGGUUGACGUCGCCCGUAGUUUGUCGGAUACUAGAGUCCUUACCAAACAUCGAACUUUGCGCCAACUACAAGUUUCGUUUCGGACGAUCACCGGUGUUAGAGCUCCCACUAGCGGUGAACCCAACGGGAUGUGCGAGAACGGAACCCCACAUCAAGCAAUGUCGCAAAAAACCACAUACAUUGAUCAGCAACUUAAUGAGCGAAUAUUAUGAGUCAACCGGCAUUGGCGACGCGUCUACUUCAUUAUACGGGAAACAUUUUGUUCAUUCAAAAUCUUCGCAAUACAGAAGGAUGAAACAAGAAUGGAGGAGCAAUGUUUAUCUUGCGCGAUCUAGAAUACAGGGCCUUGGAUUGUUUGCGAGUCGCGACAUCGAACCAGGAACCAUGGUUAUCGAAUAUAUCGGUGACAUCAUCAGGUCAGAGGUCGCCGAGAAACGAGAGAAGAAUUACGAGGCAGCUAACCGGGGCGUUUAUAUGUUUAGACUUGACUCUGAUUAUAUUGUGGACGCUACUGUUACUGGUGGGCCCGCGAGGUAUAUUAACCACUCAUGCAACCCCAACUGUGUAGCAGAAGUCGUUAACUUUGAAAAAGAAAAGAAAAUAAUGAUAAUUUCCAACCGACAUAUUCUUAGUGGGGAAGAGUUGAAUUAUGACUAUAAGUUUGACUUUGAAGACGAAGGAAAUAAAAUCCCCUGUCUCUGUGGCGCCAUCAACUGUCGGAAGUGGAUGAAUUAAAGCAUAACAUUUAUUUUAAUGUGAUUUCUAUGUAUAUAUUAUGUACAGUGCAUGAAAACUGCCCGUUUGUAAAUUUGUUGUACGAUAUAUUUGUAGUGGAACAGAAAUAAAUCAAAUUGUCAAAUA